AUGGAUUUCAGUCAGUGGGGUAAUCCCAGCAAAGAAUGGCUUGCCUUCGCAGCGGCAAACCCGGCACUUCUGGCACGGAGCGACGACCAUCUUCCGCCGCUGGUUUUGCAACAGAAGACAAACCAUUCGCGUACUACCAUCGCCAAGACGCUCGUCGCUACCACAGGUCUAGGUAAUCUCGUGACCACAGAGGAUUACGUCGUGUCGACUCGGGAUGGGAAGUCUAUCACCGUGCGGAGUUAUCGGCCGAUCUUGUUAGGAUCAAAGCCGCUUCCCGGCUACGUGUUUUUCCACGGCGGAGGUUACUUCUUCGGCGCAUUGGACACGGAGCUCUUCAACUGCUCAUGGUUGGCGCACGCAUUAUCUAUGACCGUCGUACACGUCUGCUAUCGUCACACGCCGCACGUGAGCGGCUUGACACCAUGGCACGAUGCCCUCGACGGCUUUGAGUGGGUAGCUACGCAUACGGAGAAGCUCGGCGUCGAUUCGUCCCAUAUCGUCGUAGGUGGCAUCUCCGCAGGUGGUUCGCUCACGGCGUGCGUAGUGCAGAACGAGGUGCGGCGGGCACGCGAAACCGGCACGCCUUGCCGCGUCCACGGUCAGGUCUUAGGAAUUCCAAACUUAGUCAACGUGAAUGCGUUUCCUUACCACCUCUUCGCCGACAAGGAGAAGACAUCCCCCGAGCAGUGCGCAGAUGCUGCCGUAAUUCCGAGGCAGCGUAUGAAACUCUUCACCGACAUGCUGGGUAGCGAAGUCGAUCCGUCUGAUCCGACGUGGAGUCCGGCGCUUGUCGACGAAGAGGACUUGCGAGGCACGCCGCACACGGCUGUUUUGGUUGCCGGCUGGGAUCCAAUCCGAGACGAAGGGCUAUGGUACGCCCAGAAGUUGAAGAAUGCUGGGGUCCGGACAAAAGUUCAUAUCUUCCCAGGUCUCCCCCAUGCCUUCUAUGCCUUUGUAGGUUUGCCCUCGCAUAGACACUGGAACGAAACCAUGCUCGAUUCCUUACGGUGGGCGGUUGCUGAGGAAGACGGCUGGAUCGUCGAGGAACCUCCUGUGAUGUCACCACUCAUGGAAAAGGCCUUGUCAAUCGGGGCCCCGGUAGACCCAACAACUCCCGGUGCUACUCCUGCAGAUAUGGCAAAGUCGGGAAAUCUCCUCCGAGGAGAAUAA